AUGGAACAAAGGGAUGCAUUGGAUCGUCAGCAGCUCCUGGACUUUGUAAUGAGCUGCUGGGACGACAAGGCUGGCGCCUUCGGUGCUCAUCCACGUCACGACGGUCACAUCCUGCCUACUCUCAGCGGGAUUCAAAUCCUCAUCAUGCUUGAUGCACUGCACCUCCUUGACGUAGAAUCCAAGAAGGAUCGUAUAGUUUCAUUCAUCCUUGGACUACAACACCCGACUAAUGGGUCAUUCGCCGGAGAUCGCUUCGGUGAGACCGACACGCGUUUUCUGUACUGUGCAGUCUCCGCGUUAUCCCUACUUGGCUGCCUUGAUCGAAUCGACAAGGACAGGACAGUGUCGUAUAUCCGACGAUGCAAGAAUUUCGAUGGGGGUUAUGGGAGCGAUGCAGGAGGAGAAAGUCAUGCAUCACAAGGCCUUGUCUGGACUUGUGUUGGCGCUUUGGCUAUUCUGGAUCGCCUAGACGAAGUGGAGACUGAACCCCUGGCAUGGUGGCUCUCCGAACGCCAGUUGCCGAACGGAGGUCUGAAUGGACGACCAGAGAAGCUCGAAGACAAGUCGUCGCGUCUUCUCUAUCGAUCGAGUACCUCGUAA